AUGCAUGAUUCAGCCGGUGAGACUUGUCGGGGGUAUAUACAAUUUGUAGAGGCAGGAGGAUUAAAAUGGCAGUGUGUCGUCUCGGCCUGGACUAAUGAGAAUAAAGAUGAGUGCUAUACUGAUGGGACAGCUAGCAUGUUCGCUAAUCCCUGUGACGAAGCCAUUGAAGAAGCCAAUAGACGCGAGAUGGCGGCUUAUUGCUUAAAUGGUUGGAAUGGUGGUACAUUCCAUGCAGAUGCCAGAGUUUUUCACCCCGAUGUAAAGAAUGCUAAUAUAUGGGAUUUAGACUUUAAUAAUUAG